UUGGACAUGCGCACAAACCACGAGAUAUUGUCAAGAUGGCGGACGUCUUAGAUUUACAGCCUGGCGCUGACGAGAUGGGAGAGUUCGACGACGGCGCGGACGAUGACGUGUCGCGUCUGAAGUCGUCGGCGACCAAACGGAAAGGAAGGGGCUUUCAAGCUCCUGACGUCGCUGCUCAGAUGGAUGCUGAGUUUGAGGGUUUGGAGACGGAUGGACCAGAACUGGGACCAGCAAAGUCUGUUGAGGGUUGGAUUUUGUUUGUUACUGGAGUUCACGAAGAAGCUCAAGAGGACGAUAUCCACGAUAAAUUUGCAGAGUAUGGAGAGAUAAAGAACAUGCAUCUCAAUCUUGAUAGAAGAACUGGCUUCAUCAAGGGAUAUGCACUAGUAGAGUAUGAAUUAUUCAAGGAGGCACAAACAGCACUGGAUGCCUUGAAUGGAUCAGACUUACUCGGCCAGACAAUUAUGGUUGACUGGGCAUUCGUCAAAGGUGCCUACAAAAGUGGACCAAGAAGCAGAAGAAGCGGAGCCGGCGGUCGGCAAAGAGGCAGAAGUCCAGACAGAUACUGACCGAUAUUAAUGCAUUAAAAGUGGUUUAUACUUGCAUUGCAGUUGCCACAUGUGUAAAUGUAAACACUGUAGCUGUUGGUUGAUUUUGAGGUGGACUUUUAGCUGAGAAUGGUAUUGGCGGUACAGAGUACUACUAGUACAGUACAGUUGCAAUUCACGUUUCGAUAUGCUA